GAUUACGAUUUGUUUAGGUGCUACAAACUGUCAGGCUAGAAAAGCAACAAACGCGAAUCCGUUUUUCGGCAUCGCAUACGGGUUGUGCCUCCAAAUUAUUCAGUUAUAUACAUUGAAAAUAUACACGUUUUGGGAACCUUCACAUGUAACAGAAAUUAUUCCGAUCGUUGUCUGGCGGACACCGUUCACUCUGAUCAAGUAUCGAAUAUCGCGAGGUUAUAAAACCACCUUAAAACAUUUCACGUUUAAAAAGAAUCAAAAACGUACCGCAAAUUGGUGGCAUGUGCAGAGGGACAGCGCAAAAGGUGCUGAGAGUAGGGUAGUUGCACGAUGGAGAAUGAGAGGCUGUUGGUGGCGGCAGGGUUAACCGCCGCCGCCGUUGUCGGCGCGUUCGUUUUCUGGGGCCCCUCUACCGGGCACAGCGGACGGGGGCGGCUUGCGGGUUUAGUCAAUCUCGGCAAGACUUGUUUCCUCAACGCUAUUCUGCACGCCCUCGCUGCAUGCCCGCAGUUUGUCUCUUGGCUCGAGCAAGAUCGGCUUGCAAAGGAGACCAGUCUUAGAUCUACAUUAUCCACUGUUUUGUCAGUUGUGAAUGGUACUCAUAAAUCAAUGCAGGAAACCUAUGCACCUGCCGCAGUCAUCAAUGCAUUAAAACGACUUGGCUGGGUGAUUCCGUCUGGGGAGCAAGAUGCACAUGAGCUAUUGAAUGUUAUUUUGACUACUUUAGAUGAAGAAAGUUCCAAAUUGACAAGAAAGUCCGGAUGUCUUUCCGAUGCACUGGGUUUGCAUGACCUGCUGAUGACUCCGUGCGACGAGCGUUCGGUGAGUCCGGCUCCUUCGGAUUACGAUCCACGCGGGAGUAUUCUCUCCUUGAACGAUAUCGGUCGUCCUUUAAGUUUGAACUUUGUGGGCGGCCAUCGCUACAGAUGGAUCUCGCGUUCCUGCAGGAGUCUGCAGAUUGCUGGACCGCCACCACAACCACUGUCGCAUCCUUUCAGUGGUACUCUUACUAGCCAAUUGCGGUGUACUGAAUGUGGUCAUAAAUCAAGCGUGCGAUACGAUAAAUUUGAGAGUCUUUCUCUUGCUUUGCCAAGCGGAAUGGGUGAUUUGGGCUAUGGUAGACACAAGUUACAUCAGUUGUUGACUAAUUUUGUCACUCCUGAAAUGAUUGCGGAUGUGAAAUGUGACCACUGCAACCGGGAUCGGUCACCAUCGGAUCCACCGAUAUUAUCCAAGCAAAUCAAAAUACUCAAUUUUGGAAAGUUGCCGCAAUGCCUGUGUUUGCACAUCUCCCGAAACACAUGGCAGGGCAGCGGAGUUUCCAAACGACAGGACUACGUGCAGUUCCCGAUGCGCUUGUCUCUCGCCGCGUACACAUUCAUCCAAUCGCAGUACCAACGCCGCGUCUCCACCAAUCUAUACAUGAGCACCAGCGAGGGCGGCUCGCCGCUCUCCAACAGCAUGCCGCACUCAUGGAACGCCGGAUCCCUGAGCGACAUGGGCAAGGAAUGGCGUAAUGUAUAUCAGCUGGCUGCAGUCGUCGUGCAUUCUGGUGACGCCCACUCCGGGCACUUUGUUACCUAUCGCCGCGGCAACCAAACAUCCAAGUGGUUCUACACCUCCGACGUGGAAAUUCGAGAAGUCAGUAUGGAGGAAGUCCUACAGAGCACAGCGUACAUGCUCUUCUAUGAGAAGACAUCCAAUCUAGGCGUGUUCUAACUAUAAAAGCCACAGUGCAAUAAAGUAGUGUUGAGAAUUGCAAUCAUUUGAUGACGGAGAAAAACUAUUUGUACAUAUUUUGUUAUGAUGCUCGGUAUUUUUAUAACUUACUUUGAGAUGUGGCCAGUUCCAUGGCGUUUGAAGUCACAUUCGUAUUUAUUUCUUACUUCUUAUUCAAAACAUUACUUUUUCAAUACACCACACAUUCAUCUUGGGAUAUUAGGCUAAGAACUGAAACAACUAUAAGAUCGUCACGCGCAGAAACUUAAAUCACAUCAGAUUGCUUACAAAUCUCACUGUACAAUUUCAUCUGGAUGUAAUAAUAAUGAAGCAAGUUUUCCUGACGAGACGCUAGACGAGAAUAAUUAGUAAAAUUGAUAACGAAAAGGAUUCUAUGUUACAUAAUAUUGUUGUGUAAAUGUCAUCAUGUAUUUUUCUAUUUGCGAUAUUGCUCCACCAUUUAUUUCAUUCAGCAUGUACUUGAUAAUUGAUAUUAAAGUAAGGAGAAGUAGGUUUAAUUGAUGAAGGGACAUAAACGAAUAGAAUAUGUUUAUGUUUAAUUGACGUUACCAGAUGAUGAUAAUGAUGAUGAUGAUGAUGACGGGUUUGCGGUGGGCGAUGUAAGGCACUCAAGGCGGUUUAUUCGCUCAGUCUUCCGGCCUUGUUGGCCUGAUACUUGAGCUCGUACUGUUCGGGAGUCAGGUGCGACCCGAUGCCCAGCUGCUUCAAGCUGAUGACUACGUCGAAGAGGUAGUCAUAGCACUCAGUCAUUGUUUUUGCUUGUCGCCAGUUGUCACCCCAUACGUAAACCUGAUAUGGAACAAGAUAGAAUAUAAUAAAAUCUUUAAAUUUUA